AUGAGUGUUUUACAAUACCCAGAGGAGAUGAAUUCAUCAGAUCUUCAGAUAUGGAACAAUGCAGCCUUCGACAAUGGAGAUUCUGAAGAUUCAUCGGCAAUACUUAAAUGUUCUUGGUCUCCUCUGAAACCCCAGUUUUUGAAUCCUUCUGAUUCACUUGAAUCUUUUUCGAGUAAAGAAAAUGAAAAUCAGACUCAUCAGUUCCAGCAUUCCUCUAUUUCAUCUGUUUCUUCACUGAAGUCUCCAAUGUCCCAGCCACUCAAGGUUCUUGAUCCGAAUGGGCCGGUUGACAGCUCAAGAAUAAAGUCAAUUAAGGGGUAUUAUAACCAGGGUUUUGCAGAAAAGCCGAUUUUGAGGAGUAACAAUGAAGGGGAGGUUCAUGAUGAGAAGAAGAUUGAUAAGGAAAUUGAGGAAAUUGAGAUGGAAAUCAGCAGGCUUUCUUCAAGAUUAGAGGCUUUGAAGAUUGAAAAGGCUGAGAAAAGUGUGAAAAUGUCUGAAAAGAAAGGAAGGAUUGUGGCUGCAAAGUUUAUGGAUCGAAAACUGGUUGGAAAGAAUGCAGAGGAGAAGAAAAAGAUUGAAGAAAGUUUGGCUACGAGUGCGAAAACCAAGGUUCAGAGAAGAGGGCUAAGUUUGGGUCCAUCAGAGAUUAUGGCUGGGGCAAGAAGGGGUAUGAGUUUGGGACCAUCUGAGAUACUUUCUGAUGUCAAAUCCCGGCAAUUUGGUAAAAAAGAGAGUACGAUUACCCCUGUUCAGCCUAUUCAGAGUAGGCGAAAAUCGUGUUUCUGGAAGCUGCAAGAUAUUGCAGAAGAGAAGGUGACUAAAGAAAGGAGAAAAAGCUUGAGUGUUAGUCCGAAAUCAAGAAAAAAUUUAGCAGGAAAAACUCAGGGUUCAAGGCAGGCAGUCACCACAGUUGCAUCAAAGAAGACUGUGAAGAAAGAAGAGAUGUUUGGUAACUCUGUUCAACCGAAAAAGUUGUUCAAAGAUGCUGAAAAGUCAGUUACAGCUACUAAUAAGAAGCCAUUGAGGCCAGGGAGGGUUGUUGCGAGCCGCUAUAAUCAGAGUAGUAGUCAGACCUCAGCAAUGAGAAAGAGAUCUUUGCCUGAAAAUGACAAGGAUGAAAACAAGAGAUGUGAUAAGAAACGCUCUCUGUCAGCUGGGAAAUCGCGUGAAACACUGCCAGAAAAGAAGAAUUUAGGCACCGAGAGCAGCAGGGUGAAGAAGAGAUGGGAAAUUCCCGCUGAUCUUGUUGUUCAUAGUUCUGAACCUGAGAGUUCUUCUCCAACGACCUCUGUUGUGCCUGAAAUACUUCCAAGAAUUCGUAUUGCUAGGUGCAUUAAUGAGUCCCCCAGGGACUCUGGACCAGCCAAAAGGGUAGCUGACUUGAUAGGAAGGAAGCAAUAUUUUGCUGAGGAUGAAGAGGAGGAGCCAUCAUCAUUGUGCCAAGCCCUAAGUUUUGCAGAUGAUGAGGUUUAA